AAAAUGAAUGUCUUGAUAGCAGGGAACAAUGAAUAUAAAUGCAAAAUGCUCCCAAACAUGACCUCCGCCGUAUUGCCUCGCUUCGGAAAACAUUAUCGGAAGACUUGGACCGACACACCGAUCUCCUUGUCAAAGACAUUCCCACACAGGAAUGGUGUUCUAAAGACGUUUCCCGAGGUUUUAAGCUAUAGGAUGGAAAAGAAAAUCAAUGUAGCUGUCAUCGGAGGGGGCGUGGUUGGACUGUCUACGGCACUAUGCAUUGCAGAAAGUGUUCCAUCCAGUGUUGGAGUUACACUGAUAUCUGAGAAGUUUUCCCCAGAGACUACUAGUGAUGGAUCUGGAGGGUUUUGGGAACCACAUGUUUUGGGAAACACACCACUCCACUUGCAAAGGCAAUGGUCAGAUAGCACCUUUUACCAUUUGUUAGAUUUACUCAGAGGUGAGAGCGCUGGGGAGAUUGGAGUUGGCUUGUUGUCUGGAUUCUUUUGGAUGGAUGAUUAUAGAGAGGAUCCAUAUUGGUCAAAGACUGUGUUUGGAUUUAGGCAUCUAAGCCCACAGGAGCUUUCUUUCUACCCCAAAGCAAAACAUGGUUGGUUUUACACCACUAUCAAGGUUGAAACAAGUAUGUACUUAAGAUGGCUUUUGAAAAGGUUUGAAAGCAGGAAUGGUAAAGUAUUGAAGAAGAAAAUCAAAACCUUGGAAGAGCUUGCAUAUGAUUUUGAUGUGGCUGUCAUCUGUACUGGUCUUGGUGCAAGAGAGCUAGUGGGAGAUGCAGAUGUUGUACCUGUUAGAGGACAGUUGAUUAAGGCCCAUGCACCCUGGUUAAAGCAUUUUGUAGUGCAUUGUACUAAAACUUCUUUCAAUUAUAUGCUUCCAGGACUAAAUGAAGUAAAACUUGGUGGAACACAUCAGACUGGAGACUGGAAUACAGACGUAGAUUUACAGGAUGGCAAAUUCAUCUUUAAGAGCUGUUGUGAAUUAAACCCCAGUUUGAAGCAUGCUGAAAUCAAAGGACAGUGGGCUGGACUGAGACCUUCUAGGUCGGCUGGUAUUCGGCUGGAGAAAGAAGAAAAGGUUUUUGAUGGAAAACUGCUGAAGAUUGUUUACAACUACGGUCAUGGAGGUGGUGGUAUCACAACUCACUGGGGAUGUGCAAAAGAAGCAGCAAAAUUAGUGGCCAACUCAAUAGGUGGCACUAGUGUGGUGUCCAAACUUUAAACAAAUGAAAAGGACAUAAAUUAUAAAGAAGCUUACUCUAUAAACACAUGUAGUAUUAUUUACACAAAGAAUUACAAUAACGGGGAUAAUAAAAUUGUAGAAGGUACAGUUUUUAUCAAGGGAAAAUGAGUAUAAAUGUUUAUUUAUUCAGUUAUGUUUUUAGACAUUUGACAUUGACAUAAAUUUUGAGAUUGUGCACCAAGAGCUUUGUCCACAGCUCCUCAGUUGAAAACAGCAUCUUAUACAAGCAUACACUGUU